AUGCCGGUUCCCCGCAUGCUGCAUGUUAGGGCAGGAUCCAGUCGGCUGCCUCUGUUGUUGCCAUUGCUGCUGCUGCUACUGCUGUUGCUGCUGCUGCUGCUGCAGCAGCAGCAGGGCGUUGCAUUUACGUUAAGACAUGCAGAGCCAUCGAGGGUUUCUUCUUUUGGAUUUUAUCCAUCAACCAAGCAGCAGCAGCAGCAGCAGCAACGCAGCAGCAGCAGCAGCAGCAGCAGCAAAGCUGCCGCCUCUUUAAGACUCGUCCCUCAUUUCUUUGUUGUUUCUCCUGCUGCAGUGCAGCAUCUCAAUCCAACACCACGAAGCCAGCUGCAGCAGCAGCAGCAGCCGCCCCUGUCCACCCUGCAGCAGCAGCAGCAGCAGCAGCAGCAGCAGCAGCAGCGUCGUGUGUCUACCCGAGCAGCAGCAGCAGCAUAUGACGAUGACAUAGAUGCAGCUAGUGAUAUACUGAAUGUGUCUCAUGAUGAUGAUGGUGCAGCAGCAGCAGCAGCAGCAGCAGAAGAUGGAGACGACAGCAGCAGCAGCAGCAGAGAUGACCACGCCUUGUUUGAUGUUGAUGGUGGGUAUGAAGAUGAUGGUGCUGCAGGUAGUUCUUUCUUACCUGGAUCAGCAGCAGCAGCAGCAGCAGCAGAUGAAGGGGACGAAGCAGCAGCAGGAGAAGGAGACGAAGCAGCAGCAGCAGCAGCAGCAGAAAGUGAUUUUUCCUCUUAUUUAGAGGAGGAAAUCGAUCCAACAGAAGCAGCAGCAACAGGAAGAGGAGGAGGAGGAGCAGCAGCAGCAGCAGCAGGAGAAGGAGAGGAGAUGGAUGAUGAUACAGAUCCAGCAGCAGCAGUAGCAGCAGCAGCAGCAGGAGCACAGGAGCAGCAACUAACACAGACACAAAUAGAGCAGCGAGCAGUUCUUCGUCGUAUACAGAAGGAGAGAGAGUCUCCUGAUGUAGCAAUAUGGCAGCAACGUGCAGCAGCAGCAGCAGCAGCAGCAGCAGCAGCAGAAAAAAAUACUAUAGAGGAGAGACACAGGAGGGAGGGCCUCCCUCCUCCGCAUGCAAGGACUGUUGAUCAACUUCCUGUUAAAUCUAUCAAUAUAGAUAAUGAUACUAUCUUAUACAGACAGGCAAUGGAUACAACUCCUAUGUUUAUAGAUGAAGAAACUUAUGAGAGAAUUAAGAAACAAUGGGAUGAUAAUCCACAGGAGCUUAAGAGAAUACAGAGAGAGGAGAAGGCUCAAUAUGGUAUAUCUGAGUCUGUACCUGAUGAUGAAUGGAUACCCAUUAAGAGAGAUUUACCUGCAGGGCGUCUUGUUAUCUCUCAUGGACUUAUACCAACAAAUAUAACAACAACGGAGUGUGGUUAUGAUUAUAUUGAGACAUAUCAUGACCCUAAAAGGAAUUAUACUUGGCAGGAGAUGGUAGUGAUGAGGAAGAAGAAGGAAUAA